CAUAUGAAAUAUAUUUAGAUAUUGAAUGGGAAGGAGGUUAUAAUUAUGAUAUAAAACAAAGGUUAAGAACAUUUUUACAGAGAAAUUUUGAAAAUAAUAUUGGUAUUUGUAGAAAAAGUUAUAAUCUUUGUAAAAAAAGUCUUUAUUCUAUCACGAAGAAGAAAUAUUCAAAACAUAUAACAAAGAAUCAAGUAAAACGAAGUUAUCCUGUUAUUUUAUAUCAUUUAGGAACUUGUCAUGAAUAUUUUAAAAAAAAAGGAUUGAUGCUUAAUUUAUUUGAAAAAUCUGCAAAGCUAGGUUUCAAAAAAAGUAUUAUAGAGAUUGAACGUAAUACAAUGGGUAUAUAUGAAAAAUUUAAAGAUGAAGAAAGAUUCUACAAAA